AAUACCCGAGCCACAUUUGAAUAUAGAACUUUACAUUGAAUUGGUAUCAGAUAUACGGCAGCUGACUGCAGGCGGCAGCCUUCUCAAUCCGUUCAGACAUUUAGACUACAAGAAAGCGGCGUUAUUUUUGAACUUAAUCUUUUUGCUCGUUUAAGGCUAAAUAGCUCUGACCCAGGGAGAAGUGUCGCCUUCCUUCGCUACUGGCCCAGUGUACAGAUUGUCCAGCACCGAAACUACCGUGAACAACAAGUGUGUUGUGUUUCCGUGUACGUCUCCGUGGCUGCCCAUUGAACUAAAACACGGAACAAGGAAACACCUGAUGCCCUGCAGUUGCGCAUCUUUCACUGACUCUCAUACCACUCGUUUUCCUCUGACAACAAUACGUCCCAGAGUCCACAAAUACCAACUGAUCUCAUCAUAGGACAAUGUCUGAGGGUAAAACAGUCACUUCCAAGGCUGUGGAGCUGGAACCCCCAGAACUAGGACCAGAGACCCAGUCCUCCGCUCGGCCCCAGAGUCAACCUGACCCCCAGAGCAACCAGCCGCCCCAGAGCAACCAGCCGCACCAGUGCCCCCAGGCCCAGAGCUCCCAGGUCCCGGAGAGUGGUCAUCCCGAGGUAGAGACAGAGGAGAGAGGGUCUGCUGCCCCUACACCUGAUACUGGAGCUGGACCCGGGGAUGGAGCUGGAGCCGGGGCCAAGGGGAACCGUUGGACUUCUGUACUAAAUCAGUUCAAACUCAAGAGGUUCUUUGUUUUGAGGCCUGGGACCCUGGACCAAUCCCUAGAAGACAUCAAGGCUCUGAUCAAUGAGGAGGACGGAGCUGUCCACGGUGUCUGGCUCAUGGCUGAGGUUGACCAUUGGAACAACGAGAAAGAGCGUGUAGUUCUGAUCACAGACAACUCCCUGCUGGUCUGUAAGUACGACUUCAUCAUGCUCAACAUUGAGCAGAUACAGAAAAUCCCUCUCAACUUCAUAGACCGCAUCUCCCAUGGCAACUUCAGCUUCCCCCAGCGGUCUCUCCUCAAGAGAGAAGGGGAGGGUGUGCGUGUGUUCUGGGACCGGCUAAGGGAACCCUCGUUCUCGUCUCGGUGGAACCCGUUCGCUACAGACUACCCAUUCAGCACCUUUACCUAUCACCCUGUCAGGAACAUAGACCACAGGUUCACUGCUCUCUGUGAGAUCAAGAGUUUCCGUGAGCAGCUGAUGGAGUCAGCCCAGAAGGCCCACCUAAAGAUGCCCGUCCCUGGCAAGGCCAACGGGGUCCUGGUGCUGAACCAGCCCCUGCUCAUCGAGGCCUACGUGGGUCUCAUGUCCUAUAUCGGUAACCAGAACAAACUGGGGUACAGUCUGGCACGGGGAAACAUUGGGUUUUAAUCUAGGAUUUCGGCUUUGUGCUUUUCAAUGUACAAUACUACUUCAUUACUUAACCCUAUUUUACAGUUGUGGCCGAGUUACAGAUUUGAAGUAAUAUUGUCAAAAAAAUUGUAUACAUCAGGUUUUAAAAGCUCUUGUGAGACAUUUUUAAAUAUACAUUUGUACUUGAUUUGCUUCUGAACACUUUUUUUUACAUUUAUUUGGUCAGAUUUACAGAUUUGAAGUAGUAUAUUAUAUAUAUAUAUAUUAUAUAUGUCUAUUUGUAUUUAAUAGUUCACAACAUGGAAGGAAGUGUUUUUACCCUCAUUUCAAAUGUGCUUUAGAGGUGAUUUGUUGGUUGGUUUUCUUGGUUUGUUCAACUAAAGUCUGUCUAAAAUUGAAACGUAUGUAGUUCUCUAUCAUUAGGAUUACCUACAGGACUAAGGGAUAGUCUACUGUAACUUCAUACUCAAAUUACCAUGCCAAAUUGUUCCUGCUGUCACAGUCAAUAAAGAUUUCACAUUACCAUCCACAUUAUCGUCCGUGACUGUACAGCGCUGAUUUACAAUCCUCUAACUGAGUCACUUAAUGUACAAACAGACAUUUCACCAGGCUCCUGAGUGGCGCCAGCGGUCUGAGGCACUGCAUCUCGGUGCUAGAGGCGUAACUACAUACCCUGGUUCAAUUCCUGGCUGUAUCACAACCUGCCGUGAUUGGGAGUCCCAGCGUCGUCUGGGUUUGGUCGGUGUAGGCCGUCAUUGUAAAGUAACGUCAUGAGUGGUGAUUAUGGUGCAUUGUUUAGCUAGCUAGCUAUGUCUUUAACAAAAGACUCCACGAUGCAAGUAAACAUUUCGGGUGUGUUUGUAAAUUCAGUCUGGCCGUCCGAUUUCAGAGCACUCCCGUCUGAGUGUGUCAGAGCGCAGAAUAACUGAUGAAUUUACAAACGCUCAGCACCCGUUGAAUACGGCCGGUGUCAGUAAACGUUGGCAAAAAAAUAGUAAUUAAAUGGUUCCCAGCAGCACAGUUACAGUCACCAACGCUCUGGAUAACAUGGAAACAGCCUAAGCAUCUCUGCUAGGGCUAGGUAAAAUGGUCAGGGUUUGUGUCACGCCCUGACCUUAGUUAUCUAUGUUUUAUGUAUUAUUUUGGUCAGGUCAGGGUGUGACGAGGGUGGGUUGUGUGUUUUGUCCUGUCUAGGGUUUUUGUAUAUCUAUGGGUUGUUUGUAUGUUUAGGUAAUGUAGGUCUAUGGUGGCCUGAAUUGCCAAUUCCCAAUCAGAGGCAGCUGUUUAUCGUUUCUGAUUGGGGAUCCUAUUUAGGUUGCCAUUUUUCCAUUUUGUUUUUGUGGGUUAUUGUCAAUGUGUAGUGCAUGUCAGCACUAGUUGUUUAUAGCUUCACGUUCGUUUGUUUAAGCGUUCUUCGUUUUAAUAAAAGUAGAAUGUAUUCCAA